CGCGUCUCGUAUUGCACCUACACUAUGAUUACCAUGCUGGUCUUCACGUCCGUCGUCAAUCGUUCUUGCGCAUUCCACGUGAAAUGCCCGCUCACCCUGCCGCCUUAUCCGGCUCAAGAUAGUGCGGGCCAACUAGGGCUCUCCUCGCUCCAUCUCAGCUGCAUCCCAGCCGUGGUCUCGACCCGAAGAAUUCCAACCCUCCCUUCUCCUAACCAAUCCCACAUCCCUCACAUGCUUGGCAUUCCGAGUGCUACCACCUACGAUUAUGUCGCGUCUGCUUUUGUAAGGCUACAAUGCCACUGCUUUUCCCCUUUCUAGCCCAGUAGGCAUACACCUGCUGUUUUGCCAAACAUGCUCAUCCGGUCACUAAGACGGAUUCCGCCAUCGCUGCUCCUCCUCCUGGUCUUCCUCGCCUUCUUUGGAUGGCAGCUCAGUCAGGGUCCUAACCAUGAUGCCCCUGAAGCACCGCGUGCCGAGGUGGGGAAGAAGUCGCCGAGAAUCGCGGUCCUGACCUUCAUUACGCAGCAGAGGUCGUAUGUUUACCUGUCUGUGAAGAAUAAAGACCACUAUGCCCGCCGCCAUGGCUACGAUCUCUUCGUCGACUACGAAUCGCAUACCGAGCGCGCCGUCGUAUACUGGAAAUUCAACAUGGCGGAGAAGGUCAUCAAAUCCGGCAAAUACGACUGGAUAUGGUGGUUAGACUUCGACACGCUCAUCACCAACACCGACAUAAAGGUCACGGACAUAAUUGAAGAAGAACUCCGCAACGCGACGAACCCCAAUGACAUCGAUUACAUCGUCACCCACGACUGUAACGGCUUCAACGGAGGCUCUUUUCUCAUACGCGGACACGAGAGGUCACUCAAAUUCAUGUACGACGCGUGGGCUUUAGAUGAUGACGCAAAGGCAAAGGGUGAGAAUCUGAACGAGCAGGACGCCUUGUUCAAGUUGAUGAAAGAGGACGAGGCGGGCGCACAUAGGGUGCACAAAAUGCCGCAGUGGAAGCUCAAUGCUUUCCCGGAGGAGAUUUCUUGCUUCGACGAGUUGAGAAAGCCUUGGGAGCACGGCAUGUUUGUUCUGCAUUUUGCGGGAGCAUGGGCACAUGUCAAGGGUGAGGAUCCUACCGGUUAUCUUAUGAAGAAAUAUGAGGGAGACAUUAUUUGGGGGGAUUGGAAGGACUUCUAUUAAUGAAUGGAUUUGAUGAAGACGGAGAUGGACUUUGGAGUUUUGGGAGCUAAGCAUGAUAUCCAUGGAUUAUUGUUUCUUCUUUGAUCCGUCCAAUUUCUACCAAGUCACUCAGUACAUUUCCCAUAAUAAAGCAGCAGCAGCGAAACCCAUCUCCUAGUUUGCAUUGGCGAUGUUUCAUUCGUGAAGUCAUGGUGUGUUGUAGCAGCAUCGUGACACCAGCCGCGAGUUUCCAACCUCUCCAUCUUUGCUACUGGACUCUCACUAUGACGCUGGCCUGUCCCAUUCAUCUCAUGUUGGUAACUGCAAAAGAUGAUAGCUCAGCGAACACUGCAUUUUUUUUCGUGUUCAAUAGAACAACCUAGGCAUAUGUAGAGGCAUUUCCUUCACUACGGGUGAACAUGUGUAGCAUCCUCCGAAGGUAAGAACGCGUAGAAAAUAUCUUGCAGUCCUU